GUCCUCCUCCUCCUCCUCCUCCUCCUCCUCUGCCCACCAUCCAUUCUUCAACACCCGGCGUACGCCUACCUACCCAACAAUGAUUCCUAUCGCUAGACUUGGUCUGCUUCGUGCUGGCCCAGCUCUGCGCAGGGUCACUCCGACCGUAGGCAUGCGAGUCGCACGCAUCACCCCUCCUGCAGUGCUCUCGUACCAGCUUAGCUUCGCUCGCCACUUUGCAGACAGCAAAGGACCCGCCAAGCCCGUCUCAGACGCUCGCCCCGCAGAGGAACUACUGCCCGCUAUGAGCAGCGCAAGAAAGGAGGCUCGCGCUGUGGCAAGUGACAUCGCUCGCACCAUCGCCGGUGGUGACCCUGCAUCUGUGAGCCGCGAAACACAUGCCUCAAGCAUCUCAGGUGGAGAGGAGGAGAUGAUCGAAGACUUUGCAUCCAUUACCAGGAACAUCGCCGCAGAGGUCCCGAAGCCGGUGCUGUAUACUGGUCUCAUUGGUGCUGCCCCCUACAUCGGUACAGCUGCGGCAACGCUCUACUACGCUCGUCAAGCCGGGUUGGCUUUCUCUGGUGCUCUUGAAGGCGUCACCGUCUCACCGGAAACUGCAAUGGCGAUCCUGAACGGGUGUGCCCACCUCCAAGUAACCUACGGCGCCGUCUUGCUCUCCUUCCUUGGUGCCCUCCAUUGGGGCAUGGAGAUUGCGCAAUACGGCGGCGAGAAAGGCUACAAGCGUUUGCUUCUCGGUGUGGCUCCAGUCGCAUUCGGCUGGAGCACGCUUGCGUUUGAGCCUACCUUUGCCCUCGCACUCCAAUGGUUCGGUUUCACCGCGAUGUGGUAUGCAGACCUCCAGGCGACCAACGCCGGUUGGACACCAAGGUGGUUCAGCCAGUACCGAUUCUACCUGUCCAUCCUCAUCGGUGUUUGCAUGAUCUCCACCCUCGUCGGUAUGAACUUCUUCGGCGCUUGGACCGGAUCCUCCCCUCGCUCGCACAAGGUCGAGGAGAUAGCUGAGCGCCAGCGCGGCACGCCCGGACGCAUUGAGGGCAGUUACCAGGGUGAGGUCGAGGCCAUUGAUGGCGAGACCGUUGCUUCGGAGCACUACGUGAUCAUCAAGUCUGUGGGCGAGGAGGCAGAGACAGAGGAGGAGAGCAGCGAGGAAGGCGGUGAGGAGAAGACCGACGAGACCCACGAGAGGCAGGUCGAGAAGGAUGUUCAUCAGGCCGAGACAAGCCCUGAAGGGCAGAAGGAGGACAUCAAGUCUUCCUAAACGUUCGUACUGGUACCUUUCUUUGGAGGCGCGGAGGAGGAAGCGGCAGAAAGGCACCCGAGUCACGCACCCGUGCGUGGCGCACUGGUGAUACGCAAGACGAAAAGGAAAUUCGAGUGAUUCCCCAAACUACCACUGGCUCCUCCUGCAUCCAUUUUUUUGCUGAAGAAAAGCUUACGACGUACAUAAAAGAAGAACGGCUUUGCCUGAUUCAUGAGGAAGAGCUUGUUUGUAAUUCCAUUCCUUUUUUUUUCCCAAUCCGCUGGAUGUGUUGUACGACUGCAAAGUGG